GCCGAUUCUCUAUCCUUCUCUUCUCAAAUCCCUAAUUCCCAAUCUCACGACCAGACCCGAUAGAACCCUAAUACCAGGUUCUAUCAUAGUCAUACCACUAUAUAUGAACGUGAUUUCAUACUCAAGUAUUAGGGUUGGGAAUCUAGACCAAAUCGUAUGAAAAAUGGCGGUCGAGAUCGUAUCGUAUGGUUUGGUCUGGACCGUGAGACCAAAACUGUGGUCUGGUCUGGUUUGCAGUCUCAUUCUUUACUGUGUGGUCUGAAGUACUCUGGACCGCGGUCUACCGCAGUAAACCAUAACAGACCGUGACACACUACCUACUAACUCGUACCAAAAUAACACUAAAUUAAACCUAUAUUGAAGAACAAAGUUAGUUGAUUCUUCAUCCAGUUGAGAGCCAACAGAUUGCCCAAAUGCUCGCUUAUUCGUUAUCUCUUUAUCAAAGAACCACACAAACACUAGAAAGAUUCAUAAAAAAAUAUUCACCGACAAUGUUUAUACUAUGGAUCGAUAAAAUAUAAAGACGAGAAAAAAUUCAUUCACCUUGAUGAGAUAAGAAAAAUUAGUGAGAGAUAAGCGACCAUCUUAGUGGUUCAAAACGACCUCGGCGUCAUCACGAAGGUGAUAAACCGCGAGAACCUUGGAAUCACCUGAGAGAGAGAGAGAGAGAGAGGGAAGCGUUAGCACAAAGAGGAAGAGGGAAACAAGGCUAUUUGAUGUGAGUUUUUAUUUAAUGGAUACUGGAUAAAGUCGUGGAGACUGGAGAGGGAGUUUGAAAAUUGAAAAAGUCCACUUCUCUCCUUAUAUAUUUCUUCUCGUUUUAAUCACUAAAUUUUUGUUUCACUAGCAUAUUGGUCAUUGUACUUUUUAUUUUUAUAUAUACUAGUGAAAGGCUUGGAGGGCUGGAUAAGAGCGAACUUUUUUAACAUGGUCUGCCUGGUCUAGACCGUACCGCACCGCAUAGACAUGGUCUUUUCUAGACAGUAUAGUAUAUGGUUUGGUCCAUGGUCUAUGUUCCAACCACUCGCUCUGGACCACAUAUUGUAUCUAUGAUCUGAUCUAGUCUGAUCCGAACCGCACUGUUUACCACCCCUACUACCAAUGACGUAAGUAAUAAGUGAUUAGCAUUUAUGCCAAAUUAUCUUAAGCAUAAAAUUAUAUUUUUCGUCUUUCGUUCGACUUUCAACGAGCUGGAUAUAAAACUAGUUUCUUAUGCAAGAAAUAAAACAAACCAUAACAAACACAGCUCCACCUAUCCUCACUUUCCAACUGCAAGCACAAACGUUACCCACGUUGCCCCCCGCCGCCGCAGGGUUAGGCAGCAGUAGCAGUGUAGCACCGGCAAUUUCCAAACCGCGCCACCGCCAUUAUUUCCGUUUCCCGGCCAAUCCUAACCGUCCCUAACCUCCGUCCUCGAUCCCAACCCUCCAAUUUUUCUCCUUUAUCCAACCGCUCCUCUCCCUAUUUAACCCCCCAAAUUUUAUCUUCGCGUCCAGUUUCUUCUUCCCUGUUCCUUUCUCCACACUCCAGAGGAAAACCAACCCCAUCCAUCGUCGCCAAUGGCUCGCUCCCUUUCGCUAUCCUCUUCCCGCACUUACCUCGCAGCGGCGGCAGCUUCCAGAUCUUCUUCCUCCUCCUUCCGCUGCCUCGCCCUCCGCUCCAACUCCAACAUCCCCAACAACAACGCCGAGCCCGCGGCCGCCGAUGAAUCCGCCGAUCCCCUCGUCGGAAGGCUCGAGGACGCCAUCCACCGCAUCAUCGUCCGCCGCGCCGCCCCCGAUUGGCUGCCUUUUCUCCCCGGGACUUCGUACUGGGUUCCUCCCGCUAGAUCUACCGCCGGAUCCUACGGGAUUGCCCGGCUCGUCGAGAGGCUUGCGAAUCCAUUGACGGAGGAGGAAUCGCUCUCCGGUUCCACCGUCCGCGGCUGGCCUUCCUCGGAUUAUUUCAUCAAAGGUGCCAGCUUCGGACAGCUGCCUGUAGAUAGCUUGCCGGAUGAAGUAGAGAAGGAUUCAACUCCAGACGAAGUCAAGACCGAGGAACCGUCGAGUCACGCCCCUAAAUCUGAGACGGAGGAAGGAUAAUUGAUAUGAUGGGUUGUCGCAUCUCGGUGAGCUAGAUAUUCUUCAUUAGAUUCAUCUCUCUCUCUCUCUCUCUCUCUCUCUCUCUCUCUCUCUCUCUCUCUCUCUCUCUCUCUCUCUCUCUCUCUCUCUCUCAUAGAUACACACAAUACAAACACAGAGUCACAUUCAGACAGGCACGCUAGAAUGGGAUGCCAUAUUCGAUUAGUUUGUGGUUUAACGUAUGAUAUUCGGAUGUGUAUUAUCAUAUUUGUGCUUGUGCAUCGGUUUAUCCUGAUCAAAGUCUGAAGUGAUGUGUUUAUAAGUUUCUCUGCACAAUCUACAUGGAAUGAGAGCUUGAGCUUCAGUGUUCAUCGGUUUAUAAAAUUGCAACUGCUUUUGUUACUACGAGGGCGUGGUAGAUUGUACAUAUUUGACCUACAAGCACGAGAAAGUGAUUGUUUGAGAUGAUCUGAGAUGAAUCUAUUAGCCUAUUGAUGCACCAGCUUAUCAGCUUUCUUUGAACAAUAUGGCACACUGCUGUUUUUUGACAGAGGCUCGUCCGGAUUUGGAACUUCAGUGUAAAUCAAACAAUGGAAAGGAAGCGGGAAGAAGCUACCUUUUUUGAAGGUAACAAUGGUGAUAAAAGAACGAACGACCAAUUUGGAGGAGGAGCUGUACAGAUGCAAAACCCUGGUGGAGGUUUUAAUAAUUUGAUCUUCCAGUUGGUGGCUGUGUAGUAGUUUGGUAAAGGAUUGCCCGCAGUUUCAUUGUAUGUAGCAAAAAGUUGAAGAAGAUCCAUCAUCCAUAAUUAUGGUUAUUCCCCGUUAUAAUGCUAAGACUGGAAGCCUUCUCUGUAUCUUUGCAUGUACAUAUGUUUUCACAAGCCCAAAAUAUAGUACUGCUGUUUUCUCUUUAACGUAUCAAUGUUUUCCUCCCAAACCUGCAGAUUGUUCCUCAACGAGUUUGAAGGUGGUAGAAAUGAAUUGAAUGAGGUUGGUGUUCAACCUUCUAAGCUAUGUUUGGCUUGAAAAGUUCAGGGAGAUGAUUACAUUCAUCGAUCAAAUCAUAGGUCUAAAUAGAGAAUAUAUAGUUCGAUGGUGUCUAUCUAGGGAUGUUCAGGAGAUGGUGUUGGAUUAUUAGGUUUGGUGGGACAGCUCGUGAGGAUUAGUGUUGGUCGAGUUUUUGAGCAGUUUGAGGUUUGAUUUGUUAAUGGGUUAAUAGCAAGGUUGGUUACUGAGAUCACUAAAAACGUUCAUGUUUGGUCACUAAAAAUAUUUAAUUUCAUUUGUGGUCACUAAAAUUAGUUAAAUGAUUUAAGUUUGGUCACUCUCCGUCCAUUUCUGUUAAAUUUUGCUUACGUGGUAAUCAACCCGUUAAAUGAUUUAAGUUUGGUCACUCUCCGUCCAUUUCUGUUAAAUUUUGCUUACGUGGUAAUCAACCCUCAUAGUUGACUGUUAAAUGAGUGACGUGACAAUUAAAAUAUUAAUUAAUUUUUUUUUAAAAUCUUUUCAAAUUUCCACCUCAUUAUUGCAACCAUUAAAAAAAAUUGAAAAUUAAUUUCUUUUAAUCCUCGCUACCAGGUAGGAAUGGCAAUGGGGCAGGUCCGGGGCGGGUAUCUUGAUACCCAUACCCGCCCCAUGGCAGGUCGGGUCCAGGUCGGGUAAUUUAUCACGGGGCGCGGGUCGGGGCAGGUCGACCCAUUGUGUAUGUAAUUUAUGCAAAAAACAUUAGAAACAUUCGUAUUCAUUAAAAGACCAAGAAAGAAACCAUAAUAUGAUAAAAUGUAGUUAAAUUA